AUGACGACCCGCCAUCAAGAAGCCGAUGAGUCGCGGCAAAAGCGAUGGGCACCCAAGGUUCGCACAGGGUGCCAAACCUGCCGGGCUCGCCGUAUCAAAUGCGACGAGACGCAGCCUCGCUGCAAGAAAUGCAUCCGAAGAGGCCUCUCUUGCCAAUACACGCUGCGCUGGCGGCCGGUCGCCGAGGAGAGGCCGCUGCAGUCCAAACAAGCGCAAGCGCCGCUCGUGCAGGCUGAUCCCCCGAGCUGGCUCUUCAUGGAGGCAAUACGGUAUUACUGCUCAUUCGUCAGGCCGAUACGGGUGGCCGGGGCAGGCACUCACGACAUACAGGAUCCUCCAUUCCACACAGGAGACGCCAUGUCUGCACGAUUCAUCUGCCAAAUUAUCGGUCAUCAGGCAGUGGCUGUGUCGAAGAAGCGCGGCAAGCUAGUCUCUUUCUGGGCGGAACCGCAGUUCGACUCAAUGCGGAAAAACUACUCUCGCUACUUUGUCGACUUUCUCGCCAUUGUUAACCAGUGCAUCGAGGGCGGAAAGUCGAGGGGGCCGACGAUAUUCUUCAGGCAGCUGGUUCUCCACGCGAUUCUGAGCAAUACCCUCACUCCCACAGACCAACUGAUUACUGGUCACCUCGGCUACAGUGACGAUGACAUCAGAGUUGUGCUUGACGAUGAGGAUAGUACGCGUCCCUUCCCCGUAGAUCUGGUCGUGAUUGUCAGACACAUUACAGAAGUGCGGGUACAAGCUACUUCCCAGACAAAAAGCAUCUCUGCACUGCAGCAUCGCACGCAGCAUCUAUUCCAAGAGAUCAACGCCUUUGACCCCGUUUCUUGGGCAGAAGAAGUCGAGUUUUUCAGCGGAGACGUCACAUCCGCGAUCGAUAUUGCUCCUUUGCUGGGCCUGGAAAAGAUGCGUCGCUUUUGGCGAUCGGGCAAUAGGGGAUGGGAGGAUUGCUUUGAUGAGCCUGUUCCGUGGUGA